AUGACCUCGUCGUGCCAGGUGCUCAUCAAUUGCCGCAACAACCGAAAGAUCCUCGCGCGUGUGAAAGCCUUCGACCGCCAUUCCAACAUGGUGCUGGAGAAUGUCCGGGAGAUGUGGACUGAGGUGCCACAUGGGGGAAAAAAGAAGGCCAAGCCUGUGAACAAGGACCGCUUCAUCAGCAAGAUGUUCCUUCGUGGAGAUUCUGUGAUCCUGGUGCUGCGCAACCCCAAGCCGCUCAGCCCAGCCAUUCAGUCAUGCCCUUCCCAGCAGGGGUGCUUUUGCUAA